CAGAACGCUAUAGCGUUUUUCGCUGGCGACACUGCUCUUCGGCGACCGUCUGACAUCUUUCUUUUCUGCUUUUACCACGUUUUGUUAAAGUUGUGGUUUCAACAAAAUGUACAACGUUGUGUCGAAAAAACGCCGGUUCGUUGCCAAUGGCAUGUUCCGUGCUGAGCUGAACGAGUUUCUGACUCGUGAAUUGGCCGAAGAUGGUUACUCCGGCGUGGAGGUUCGUGUCACGCCAACCCGCACGGAGAUCAUUAUUAUGGCUACUCGCACUCAGAAUGUCCUGGGAGAGAAGGGACGUCGCAUCCGUGAGUUGACCGCCGUUGUCCAGAAGAGAUUCGGAUUCACUGCUGGAACCGUUGAGCUGUACGCUGAGAAGGUUGCCACCCGUGGUCUGUGCGCAAUCGCCCAGGCUGAGUCGCUUCGUUACAAGCUGAUCGGUGGUCUUGCCGUACGACGGGCAUGCUAUGGUGUGCUUCGAUUCAUCAUGGAAUCCGGAGCCAAGGGUUGCGAAGUGGUUGUUUCGGGCAAACUUCGAGGACAGCGUGCCAAGUCGAUGAAAUUCGUCGACGGACUGAUGAUCCAUUCCGGUGAUCCAUGCAACGAGUACGUGGACACCGCCACCCGGCACGUUUUGCUUCGCCAGGGUGUUCUGGGAAUCAAGGUCAAAAUUAUGUUGCCUUGGGAUCCAAAUGGCAAGAUCGGACCGAAGAAGCCGCUGCCGGAUAACGUGUCUGUGGUGGAGCCUAAAGACGAAAUCAUGUACAGCACACCCCGCAGCGAACCUAAGAACAAGCCGACGAUGGAAAUUGCUGAAGUGGUUGUCGAACCGGUGGCCAGUUAAGCUGUUACUCGUAUUGAUUAUGCAAUAAGCACUAAUUGGGGUAAAUAUAUGGAGAAAAUGUGAGAUGAAAAGAGGAAAAAAAGUUUAA